UAUGAUGGAGUUUGGCAUGUUAAAUAUUGGGGACACCAUAACUUGAAGAUGAUAUAUUAUUUUGUACUGAUCUUGAUUCCGUACACAGAAAGCGCUUGCUCAUUCCCACCUUCUACUGGGAGCUGGACAGACAGCAAGUAUGGAACGAUACAGUUCUCUGGGAGUACCAUGUUUAUGUUACAGACCGGGUACGGCACGGGGGCCACAAGCACAAACUGGACGUGUGACACAGCCAGCGGGUCCCGAUACCUCGCCAGAACAGCUUCUACAGUACUCGUAACCUCCGGGUUCCUCGGAAAUCUCCAGGUUUACCUGUACAUUUGUAUGGAUAUCACCAUGGUUACGCAAUAUUCUUAUUAUUAUUACCAACAAACAGAGGACAGUAUUGAUUUUGGACGCAUGAAGGGCAGCGUGACUGCCACAUAUACGAUGUCUGAAGUAUGUACUACUACCAUUCCUGUGGAGCUAUUCCAAGUCCUUGUCAAACAGGGAUCGGAGACUAGCGCUAUGACGACGUGUCCCCCGCCGUUACUGGGCUCCUUCCGAUACACGUACUAUGAUGGCUCCACUCACUGUGGGUCGGGUUCGGAGUGGGACGGGUGUAGCGACAACUCGCGGGUCAAGGUCAACUACACCCUCUGUAGCCGGACGGUGGCCUACUCAGCGGGAGGGGAGCUUGGCUGUGUCGUUAGCAUCCUGUCCGGAAGUUCGUACUACGUGGGGCUGUACAAUUUUGACUCUACUGUUGAUAAUGCGGCUACACGGCGAUACUCUUGUCUGGCUCUGUCUUCCGGAACUUACGUGAACAUUUCUCAGUCACCUGACCACUGCCAAACUUCGCAGUCUGCUCAGGUGAUACCAACUUCCGGGGCUUUGCUUAGUUUGACACAAACAGUUUCUUGUGCCCCGACAACUUCCCCGGAGUCGUCAGAAGAUAACACUUUGGUGAUUGUGUUGUCUGUGCUGGCGCCAUUGUUUGUCAUCUACGUGAUUGUCGUUGUACUCCUCUACGUCUAUCGUCGGAUCUACUGGAAACGACGAAAGCAGCGUAAAGCUUUCAUAAUUCCAAAAGAACUACCGACUAGAGGAGAUCAGCUGUUGGCCGAAUCUGAGACGACCACUGACGUAAAUGCAGCAAUUAGACGGGACGGUACACGUGUACCGGAACUAACUUAUACACGGCCGACGGAGGGAGGGAUCAAACAAAUGAUACCCACCGUCGACGCUCGCCCCAAGCCUCGGUAUCAUACUAUCAAAAGGGCUCAGAAAAUUGACAAGAUGAGAAGUAACCAAUUUAAAGAAAUGUUAAAUGCGUCCCAAGUCUACAGUCGUAACACAACCCCUCACAGCCAGUACCCGUCAUCUAUCAUUAACAAGCAAUCACUUUUGUCUCGUAGCAAUAAAGCAUCCCGAGGUUCUAUUCAAACUUUAACAAAUGGAAGCCUUUACUCAGAAAUACGCCCGUCUUUGCGUAGCAUGUCCAGUGUUAGACUUUCUGUAUACAGUUUGUUCAGCAGACAGGAAACCAAGUCACCGGUGUCUUCUGGGCUCGGAUUUGACGAAGGCAAAAAUAUAUCUACGGAUCCGGAAAUCAAUAACCAGAACAGAAAUUAUACUGUUUCCGGAAUCAGUAAAGCAUCAACAAAUAGGGUGUUUCCUGCUUCUCAAAACCAUAAUGCACGAACUGAACCCCAAGUCCCUAGUUUGUAUGACUUUGUAAUGGCAGAGGGGUGAUCAUUUUACACUCUGUCAUCGUUAUCGUUAAUUUAUACACAUAGUUUAAUGUACAGAUUAUCAACAGUGCUAAAAUUAAACUUUUGAAUAAAUAAGACCAGUAAUUUACUGCCACUGGGUUCGAAGCUUUUAACAGUGAUUAUAUGACAAUAAAUUGCCAUGAAAUAGGUGCAAAUUGUCUCCGUUUGUUUGUGAUUGUCGAAAUGAUAUCAAGUGCAAAUGGUAAGGAUACAGCUGUUGGACACGGUUGAAGUUUGCACUGAUUAUCAUGGGUCGUGCUUACCUAACGGUGCAUGAUCCAAUACACAAGAGAUAAUCUGUCAGAUUGGACGGGCGGUCCGCGAGGGAAGCGCAAUCCGAGCCGUGUGACUUUGAUUAUCCAAUGUGACUUUGAUCGAGAUAAGACCGCCGAGGUGCGCUGACACAUCUAACUCCAGGAAGGGGUUUUAAAAAGGUACAUAAGAGGUUAUCGUAAAAGAUUUUCUGGAUUGCCCGAAGGAGACGUAAUCGAAGUUUUUGGACAGAUUUAAGGGGCGAUUUCGACAGCUAUUGGUUCUUUAUCGGUGUGAUGCAAAAAGAUUAAAACUCGUAU